AUGUCUCUCGCAACCCUUGACGCCACCCAGCACCCCAACCUCCCCCAGUCCUCCCAGACCCUCUUCAGCGCCAAAGCAACCAAAAAGCUCACCUUCGAGCAGAUCGCCCAGCACAUCGGCCGCAACGAAGUCGCCGCCGCCGCCAUCUUCUACGGCCAGGCCAAGGCCUCGCCCGAGGACAUCGAGAAGCUGUCCUCGCUCCUCGACAUCCCCACCCCGGUCCUCGAGGAGCAGCUCGGCGGCUUCCCGGACCGCGGCCGCUCCGUCGAGAUGCCGCCGAAGGAGCCGCUGAUCUACCGGCUGUACGAGAUUGUGCAGAACUAUGGGUAUGCGUACAAGGCGGUGCUGAACGAGAAAUUUGGGGAUGGGAUCAUGAGUGCGAUUUCGUUUUCGACAAAGGUCGAGAAGGAGACGGACGCUGAUGGGAACAAUUGGGCUGUUAUCACGCUGAGGGGGAAAUGGUGA